GAAUUUUGCAAAAUUUCACAAAUAUUUAAGGAUUUGCAUGUUAAAUUCAUAAAUAUUAUCGUUUGCAACAAUGUUAGUUAACUUACAAACAAAACAGCGCGAUUAUUUCGAGUCCAGAUAAUUUAUUUAUAGUGCAUUUUUUUUGUACGAAGGAAAAAUGCCAAUUUGUACGCGGAAUGGCUUUUAUAAUGCUGCUUCGAAAAAUAAAAAUGAAAUGUUUCAAGACAAUGAAGAAGUCUUCUUCUGUGAGGUUACUAAAGAGAUCUUCAGAGAUUACGAGGACUAUUUUCGUCAUGUUAUGGCCAUAAAUUCAACCGUUUGGCAGUGUGAAGCUACCGGCAAGGACAAUCUUACCUACGCGGAGGCGUUAAAGAGCGAAAGAAAAGCUCGUAAGAAAUUGGAAAUGUUUAAAGAUUCUCUUCGGCCGCCGGCGAUGCUCGUCAUAGAUAAUGCUAAACAAUCUUCAUUAAAGCUUCUGAGCGCUUUAACAUUUCGUUUCCUUCGAAGACGUUUCUUCAUUAAUGAAGAAGUACAAUUAAGCCAGAAAUCAUCCACUCAUUAUACAAUAAUCGAAAUACUCACGUCAGAUGGUAGCAAAGGGUCGAUUAAUGAAACUUAUGAAAACACCGAAAGCCUCCAAUAUAAAUUACGUAGCUUGGGGAAAAAACCAUCUGAAACCAUUGUACCAUAUGAUAAAGUACGUCGUCAGCGUUUUGAAUUCACAUUAGAAAAUUUACAAAUGUUCAUUAAAAAUAACGUAGUAAGGAUUGAUGGUAUACUUCGGCCGGAUCCGAAUUCUUAUAAAAAAUAUGUGACAGAUCGUCGGAUCUCAUUUGAAAGUAUAUUUAUUGGAAAAAUGCCGUUUUUUACACCGGCUAAAGCACGCAAGCCUAACGAGAUUAUUGAUGGGAAAAAACAACCAACUCUUAACAAAUAUUUAUUAAAAAAUGGAGAAGCAGAGAACGAAAGGAGCAAUAAACCGAAAUCAUUGAAAGAAGAAAUGGAACGUGUGCGACGUGAGAAGCAGCAACAGUUAUUGGAGCAAGAACGCUUAAAAGCCGAAAAACGAGCGAAACUUCUCGAAAGAAUCGAGAAUGAGUGCACCGCACUGCUGACAAAAACAGAUGACUUAGAACGCACAGACCAACGCCGUUUGCCCUAUUAUGCACCCGUCCAAACAUAUAUUCCUGAUAAAUUCAUAAGUGAUGCAUUCAUGUUGCGUGAGUUUAUGCAUACUUAUGUGGGCCUUCUAUCAGGCAUAGAAGUAUUCCGAGGCAAUCUGAGCUUCUGUGAAAUGACACGCGCUUUAACGACGCGCGAGAUAGCCGGCCCGCUCUCAGAUAUUUUAUUAAUUUUUCUGGGAACAAUUUUCGAUCUACAGCGAGAAGAAGAGGAAGAAUGUGCAGUCGAUUAUUCCAGCGUCAAACAAAUGCAAGAGCCUCAAUGCACAAUGGCUUUGGCAGCAAAGGCUCAUCACUAUGCUAAGCGUCAUUUCGCUUUCAAAUUAAAUGAACUGCCACUAGAUGCAUUAACGUUAAGCGAGGUAUUGCGUUUGCAUUUUCUCUCUUCGGGAGCUAUAGUUAAAAAUAAAAGGGCCGAAAAAUGGCGAAUUAUGUAUCGUAAUGGUUAUUGCUCAUCGGAGGAUCCUGGUCUUGCUCUUCGCAUGAAGCAUCCUUACAUAUUGAAAGCCCUUAAAAUGUAUACUGUCUACCAAUUGCCCAUUCGAGACAUUUUGCGGAUUCUGCGUUGUUUGAUGGAUCAAAUUCUCACCUACUCGGGUCCCAUUAAUGUAAUCGAAGAACGCAUGGAACAAACAAUAUCUGCUCGUCAAGAAUUACGAAAUUUGCAGAUAUUGGAAAAUCAACGAUUGACUAAAGUUCAAGCCAUGAAAAAGAGUAUGACAAAUGAAUGCUAUCAGCAGCUAAUGGAAGACGAUGUAAAAAACGAUGAAGAAAAACGUAAGCUCUUGCAAGAAAAGCUUGAUAAGAAAUUAACUGAACUUUUAACUCAAUCUGACCGCCAGCAUAAGAAGUAUGAGCAACAAGUUGCUAAACUCAAUGAGUCAAUUUUUAAUCAUCUCGUUUAUCUGGGAAUGGAUCGUGCCUAUCGCAAAUAUUAUGUCUUGGAAUCUAUGCCUGGAAUUUUUAUCGAGCAUGCCGGUGAUUGCAUGGAUAAUUGUUUAUUGAAUCCUCCUAAAAAUCGGCCAUUACAUCCUGAACUGACAGCACAUAAUAGCAAUCUACCUAAAACUCGCCAAGGCUUAAGAGCCUACUUAUUACGAAUGUACAAUGAAGAGGAAAAAAAAGCAAACAUUGUCGGAACAAUUGACAGCAAAACGAAGAAUAAUGCUUCGUUGGAUGUUGCCCAAGAAAAUAAAGAGAACGAACUAAACGGUCAAGUCAAUGGGCUAGGGCUAGUAAAUGGUCAUCACGAUAGUAUAAAUAAAACUGAUCCGGACGAUGCACCACUGCCGCCACCUACGCAAUAUCAACUAUACAUGUGCACGGGAGAUCCUCGUAACUGCAUUGUCCAUAAUGAUUUAGAUAUGAAUCGGCGACGGUGGUCGUAUUUAUAUAAAAGUGACGAUUUUGAGUCUUUAUUCGAUUCCCUUAAUCCAUUGGGGACCAGGGAAUGCGAGUUGCGUGAACAAUUGGCAACUUACAAGAGUUUGUUGCUGGAGCACAUGAAACAGUGCCCAAAUGAUUUUUUGACUAUCGAAGCUAAACAUAUAAAUCGUUUUAAAAACAUUAUGACGACGGAGACGAGUCGCAAGUACAGUAAUUCAAACUUUAAUUUUCCCGUUCAUAAUUCUGAUCUUAAUGAAGUUAUGUAUAGUGCUCUUGUGGAGCGUAUAUUGCAAUUUGAGAGCGAAAUUUACACUGGUGAUCUCGGUAGGCUUAAGGUGAAAGAUAUGGAAAAAUGGCGAACGGAUUUAAUUAAUGGCCAGUACGAUGCCCAAGCGAAAUUGCAAUGGGGUCCGCCAAAAUAUGGACAUUUGGCAGUUAAUGGAGUCGAGAGCGAACAUAAACUCGAAAGCGGCGAAAAAGAGGAAGAUUCCGAAAAUGACGCUGAUGAUGACGGACAGGAUGAUGGUAUCGUAAAAUAUGCCGGAAAAGCGUAUCACGACCCAGGUGAAACAUUGGGUGAUACUGAAGAAAUUGAGUCCGAGGAUAGUGCCGACGAUGAUAUAUCUCUUCAUGAUUCGGAAUCGUUGCGUUCGCAUGUUAAGCAAUUGGCUUCGGGCUUAUUACAGGUCGAACAGGCUAUUGAGCGGCGUUUUCUAAAGGAACCUUUUGGUGCAGCUAUUCUAAAGGACAAGGACUUGCAAGAACGUAAACAACAGACAGCGAGCAAUCGUUUACGGCAAUGGGAAGUGUCAUUGAUGGAGAGCACUAGUUACUCACAAGUCUUUCUCCAUUUAACGGUUUUAAAUGACUGCAUCAUAUGGGCGAGAUCUACCAAUAAAUCAAACUGUAUGGUUUGUAGGCGGGGAAGUGAUCCAGAAAAAAUGCUACUCUGUGAUGAAUGUAAUGGUGGAACUCACAUGUUUUGCAUGAAACCAAAAAUGAAAACAGUUCCAGAGGGCAAUUGGUACUGUAAACGUUGCGUUGCUCGAUUGGGUCUUGAGAAUGAAAACGACAAAAAGCAAAAGAGACCAGAUAAACGACGAAAACGUACCUUUUUGGUGGAUGAUGACGCAAGCGAUACUUCGUCUAUCACCUCGGACACGAAAAUGACGAAAAAGGUUCCGGGCAGCGGCAGUAGCAACGCCAGUGGGAGUGGAGAACGAAGAAAUAAACGCUUACGAUCACAAGACAUUGAAGCAAUCAUUGAACAAGAGGAAGACGAUGAGGACGAAGAAGGAGGAGGAAUAGAUAACGAUCAGAUGUCAGACGAAGUGAAAAUAGUCGGUAUGAUGGAGGAAGAAGACGCUGAUAUCGAAAUUCAAGAAGGAAAAGGAAAUGUGAUAUCCGAAGAAAGUUCAAAUGUAGAUGAAGAUGAAAGCGUUUGUAACGUUUGCUCUUAUGACGGCAGUGACUUAUCAUGUUCACAAUGUAAAAAUUCUUACCAUUUGGAAUGCAUUAAUUUAAAACGUCAACCGCGAUACAAUUUUAUCUGCAAGAAAUGUAAACCCGGCACAGAAGGGUCGCGUAAGAGGAAACUCAGAGCAAAUGUGAUUUCAGACUCUUCUUCCGAAAGUGAAAAUGAUGAAUACGAAGAGGACGAAACGCCGCUAAGUAAACGAAAACGUUCCGAGAGGCAGCGUUAUACUCAUACAACUGCAACGACGUCAAUCGUUCAAGAGAGUGGGAAAAGUGGACGGCGCUCAUUCCGGCGAACCGGAGAAAAUUUGCCCUUAAACAGUUCGGCUUUGUAUGAACUUUUGAAGAAAGUUAUGAAGGAUGAAAACGCUUGGCCUUUCCUAAGACCGGUGUCACAGGCGGAAGUACCCGAUUAUUACGAUAUAAUUAAGAACCCUAUGGAUUUCGCUAAAGUGAAAUCUAAAUUAAAUAUGGGCUCAUAUCAAAUUAACGAAGAAGUCUUAAAGGAUAUUGAACUCAUAUUUAAUAACUGUGAUGAGUACAACGUGAAGGGCAACGAAAUCUAUCAGGCCGGAGCCGCUUUGGAAAAACAUGUAAUGAAGCUUUGUUCACAACUGAAUUUGCCUUUUAGGCCAAGUGAUAUGAAUUCAGAUGAUUAGACUUGUAAUUAUAGCAGACAACUACGUUAUUAUUAACUAACUGUUACCCAUUCUUUGUGUCUUGUUUUAAUUAUUAGUUCUCUCAUAAGCACACGUCGCUGUCAUGAUAUUUCUUACUCAAAACUCAUCGUAACUUCUUAAAGCAAAUUAAAUAACUAAUUUUAUUCUACUUGAAAAUGUUGAGACUUGUAGAGAGUUUUUCCAAAUUUUCCCCUCUUACAAGGUAAAAGCUUUCAAAAACAUAACUAUCAACUAUUGACCACGUAAUACUGUCCUUCAUUCUUUUGAUUUCAUUUUUGUAAGUUUUGAGUUGGGAGAUCAUGUUUGUGUGACGUGAACAUCUUUUGCGAGUAA